AUGCUCUACAAUUUACUUCGCUCCGUCGCGUAUUCCAGAUUAACACGUGCACUCACAUACACCACCAUGUCGCUAAGCGCUGCUAUCUCCGGAGGCUCAAAGAAGCGGCCUGAUCCGCGGCCAAACCAGCCGAAGCAGACCUCGUACCUAUCCCACGAUGUCCCCAUUCCGUCCCACUUCCUCUCCGGCCCUCCCCCGAAGCCCGUGACCCUCACCCGGAUCGACUGGUCCAAGACCAAACUCCCUGAGAAUGGCGAUCGCUUCGCUGUGGUGUUGGACAACGUCCUGACGCCAGAAGAAUGUAAGCAGCUCCAGGAGCUCGCAGAGCAGAGCGUAAUAGAGCGUGGGCCAAACGGCGACGAGCCGUGGCAGCCCGCCAUGGUCAACAUUGGUGACGGCUGGGAGAUCCUCGAGCCGGAAUACCGAAAUAGCGACCGUAUCAUCUGGGACCAGCAGACAAUCGUCGACCGGUUGUGGGAGCGGUGCGCGCUGGCCCCGGGGUUGAAAGACGAUCUAGCCGGGUUUGACGGGAUGACAAAGACCAAGAAGGGGGUGAAGACGGGGUGGCGGUUUAAUCGGUUCAACAAACGGAUGCGGUUUUUAAAGUAUCAAAAGGGCCAGUUCUUUAGGCCCCACUGCGACGGCCCCUACAGCGAGGAGUCUAAGGACGGUACCAUCUUCCGAACGCACUACACCGUGCAUCUGUACCUCAAUGAUUCUGUCGCUGAGGUCGGCGAGGACAACGCGGAUCUCGUCGGCGGUGCUACGUCGUUCCUGUCAUAUGACGAGAAGAGGAAGGUCGAUGUUGACCCCAAGGCGGGGAGGGUGCUCAUCUUCCAGCACAACAGGCUUUAUCACUCUGGUGAUGAUGUUAUCAAGGGUACGAAAUAUACCAUGAGGACGGACAUUUUGUAUGAGUUGAGUAGGGAGAAAGAGGCCUAG